GUAUUAGGUAAUCAAUCAAUCAACCUGAUUAGCCUGCAGUGCGGGAGCAAUUCGCAUCGCGGCUCUGCGUGGCUUAAUUGAUUAUUAGUGCAAGUUUAUUGGUUUUGAGGCUGGUGUGAGUCGCUAAUAUGGACGGAGACGGUGCUUUGGCUGAAGACUGUCCAAACCUCCUGUGUGAGGAAGUGGAUUUGGAAAUAAGUAAUGAUCAACGGAGGAUGAGGAGGAAGAGAAGGAGAGAAGAAGAGGAGGAAGUGUUUAAUCAGAGGGAGGAUGAAGAGGCAGGGGAGGAGGCAGCACGAGAAGAGAAGGAGGGAGAAGAACAGACAGUGUCAGAGAGGGAAGCUGUGGUGGCACAGGGAGAAGAGGAGCAGGUGAAGCCAGAGGGUACGCUGGAAGUGGAGGAGGUACAGACAGAAGACAACAAGAAGGAGAACAGCAAAGAAACAAUUCUUGAUAUACAACAGAAUAAAGAGACGAAAAGUGUAGAAGAGAAAGAUGAGCAGAAAAAGAGCAGGAAAAGGCGAGGUAAGAAGCAAAGUGAUCGAGUGAGAAACAGGAGAGCAGUGAAAGAGGUUAAUGAGAGGCCUGAGGAGGAGGAGAGGAGUCAGGUGCAGGAUGCAGCGGUGAGCUCAGAGGACAGUUUGGCCCUGACAGAGCCCUCCCUUGGAAUGAUGAACGGCUGCGACUUGUCCGACCCCAUCUACCUGGGCUGUGGGGGCGCAGGGGUGUAUUGUCCCCAGGUUCCCAUUCCCCUGCUGUACUCCUCGCAGUCUUCAGUCCCAGUUCAACCUGCAGCUCCUCAGCCCCACGGGACAAAGAGACUGCAGAGCCUCCCCCAGCAGGGCCCACGGCCUCUCGAGAUGGAGGUCACCCAGGUCUACUCCACCCGACGAUCCAUCCGUUACAGCAGCAGAGGCCGAUGCCGGGCCCUCAGCUUCCCUCUGGGGUUAGAGGCUGUUGACGGUGGCCUAAUGCCCCCUGCUCCGAAGAAGAAAACACGAACCCUCUACAGCACUGAUCAGUUAGAGCAUUUAGAGGCCCUGUUCCACGAGGACCACUAUCCUGAUGCAGAGAAGCGGAAAAUCAUUGCGGCUUCAGUUGGUGUCACACCUCAGAGAAUUAUGGUCUGGUUUCAGAACCGCAGGGCUAAGUGGAGGAAAGUGGAACGCUCCAUUGCAGAAAAGGUUGAACAUGCACAGAGUAGAACUGGAUGCAGCAUCAGCCCCCUACAUCACCAGAUGAACCCCACACUGGUACCCAAUAGUAUGGGAGUUGCCUCUUUUUCUGGUCACUUAGCCGCCAAGCUGCCGCAGCUCACCCCUGCAGUACCUUCGUUCCCCACCCUGUCCAGCCAGAUGCCAUCCUCCUACAACCUCCCUCUUGCCAGCUUCGAUAGCCCCAGUCACCAUCUUUCAUCUCAGGGGGAACUGACAGAGUACCACCCCCGUCCCAUGCACAGCCCUCCCCCACUGCGGCGGGCCAGUUUCCCCUUUCUCACAACGACUUACAACCCUCCCAACCCCACUCUCCUUAACACUCCGGCUCACACCCCACCUCUGUUCCUGGGUGCUGUGGAAGGCAGCUCUACCACGGCCCAUCACGAUACCCCAUCUCUGCAGACUGACACCAGUUCACUGUUCGACUUUGGGGACAAGCUCGACUACCUGACAUCCAGCCAGCCAAACAACAUGCACUCCUACCAGCUUCAGACCUCCUACCCCAACAGCCAGCCCCAGCACCAAUCUCAAAUGUCUCUUCCCCGCAUGACCUUCCUUACCCCCUCCCCCUACCUCACUCCUAGCCCUUCGGAUUCCAGCCUUGCAUCCUACCUAAGCUUUGGACCUGGAGGAAACUCCACAGGGGUGGAGACUUACUCCACCGGAGGCCAUGCCUACUUCCAGUCCCAAAGUGCUGGGCAAAUCCUGCUGGUAAUCAUGGUGAGUCACUUUGAUCAGAUGUGA